GCCAACAACGGGUCCCGCCAUGGUCACUGGAUGAUUGAAACCCCAAAAAAAAUGUGUCGUUCAAGGAGGAAAACGCGGGUGUGAGUGUGUGAGAUGCAUUCCUUUCAGAAAGUCCAAAACUAUUCGUCGCUUGCUGGUCCGAUCUCGAUGACAUAACGAAUCUUCAUCGCUGACAAUACCUAUGCAUUCUAUCCCUUACAAAGAGAUCGAAGGCGAACUUCGGGUCAGAGCAUUCUUCUAACGCUCGGUAGAGCUCCUUUAAAUCUGGGUCUGUACUCAAGUUGAGUAAAGAGCUGAGCUUUUGGUGAAGAAUCCAUUGAUUUGAAGUGGAACUUGGAGUGAAUCGAUGUCAAUUCUUCUCGCUAUAGGGUGUUGAUUUGGUUGUGUAAGAAAUCAGAAAUUUGGGGUUCAAUUUCGACGGCGGAAGGAUAUUGUGGGAAAACGAAGGCAACGGUCUAGCAUAUAUAUUUUGAAAUUGAAGGGAAUUUGCUGUACUAGAAGUAUAAAGUUCUGCUUUUUCGUGUAAAGGGAAUGGCGACUCCUGUUGAGCCUCCAAAUGGGAUCAGGAGUGAAGGAAAGCAUUAUUACACCAUGUGGCAAGCCCUGUUUGAGAUUGAUACAAAAUAUGUGCCCAUCAAGCCUGUUGGUCGAGGAGCGUAUGGAAUUGUAUGCUCUUCAGUCAACCGAGAAACCAAUGAAAAAGUUGCCAUUAAAAAGAUACAAAAUGCUUUUGAAAACCGGGUUGAUGCACUAAGGACUUUGCGUGAAUUGAAACUUCUUCGGCAUCUCCAACAUGAAAAUGUGAUUGCUUUGAAAGAUAUCAUGAUGCCGAAUCAUAGAAGAAGUUUCAAGGAUGUCUACCUGGUUUAUGAACUUAUGGACACAGAUUUGCAUCAGAUUAUUAGGUCUUCACAAGCACUGUCUAAUGAUCACUGCCAAUAUUUCCUCUUUCAGUUGCUUCGGGGCUUGAAGUAUCUUCAUUCAGCCAACAUCCUUCAUCGUGACUUGAAGCCUGGGAAUCUUCUAAUCAAUGCAAACUGUGACCUAAAAAUAUGUGAUUUUGGGUUAGCACGCACCAACAGCAGCAAGAACCAGUUCAUGACUGAGUAUGUUGUCACUCGGUGGUAUCGAGCACCAGAACUUCUGCUUUGCUGUGACAAUUAUGGGACAUCUAUUGAUGUCUGGUCUGUGGGAUGCAUCUUUGCAGAGCUUCUUGGACGAAAACCUAUUUUCCCUGGUUCAGAGUGCCUGAAUCAGCUAAAACUAAUUAUCAAUAUUCUUGGCAGCCAAAGGGAGGAGGAUCUUGAAUUCAUUGAUAAUCCUAAGGCAAAGAGGUACAUCAAAUCACUUCCAUCUUCUCCAGGAACACCCUUUUCCCGGCUUUACCCGAACGCCCAUCCAUUGGCAAUUGAUCUACUGCAGAAAAUGCUUGUUUUCGACCCAUCAAAGAGGAUUAGUGUUACUGAAGCACUCCAACAUCCUUAUAUGUCCCCUCUAUAUGAUCCUAACAGCGACCCUCCAGCCAUCGUUCCUAUUGAUCUUGACAUGGAGGAAGAUUUGGGAGAAGAGAUGAUAAGGGAGAUGAUGUGGAAGGAAAUGCUUCAUUACCAUCCUGAAGCUGCGAUGGCAGAUACGCUCGUGUGCUCAUGAUCUUAUUUUCUUUUGUUUUCCCAUUUUGUUACCUUUUUGUGAUGGCAAGAGGAGUCUAAUAACUAAGUUUGCUCCAAAUAAGUAGGAAGGCUUUGAUAUGAUGAGCUUAAUAUAUGUUCUGUUUCCUCCUUAUGGAGGACCUACAGAACAACAGCAAAAGAGGGUCAUGCUGGGAGGUGAAGCAUUACUGCGUUUUGCUAAUAGUAGAUGUUAACUAUUAGUUUGCAUGAGAGUAAAGCCCCAUUUUUGGUUCCUCACAGAUCGGGUGUUUCUCAAUUUAGUCCCUCACAGAAUUAUUUUCUCAGCUUGUGAUUAUCCAAAUAUAUAACUAUCAUCAUUUAUGUCCUGUUAUUAAUCUGAUGUUUAUGCAUCUGCGCGGGACAUUAUUGAUAAUAGUUUCAUCUACAAGGGAUUAAAUUAAAUUAGGAAAUAUUUCCUGUAAAGGAAAAAAAUGAAAAGACAAUGAUGAGGGAUCAAAUUUUAAAACUAAUCUGUGAGAUUAAAUUGAAAAUUACUCAAUUUAUGAGAUACCAACGUGGGGCUUUUAGUUGUUUACAUGUUCAGAGCUGUUUUGUAUCUGAGUCUGAGCUGGUAACCUGGUUCGAGCUGUAAAUGCUUUUGAAACCAUGUAAAUUUGGUCUAACGUUUAUCAAUAUGAUGUAUGAUUAGAGAAAGAAAACACGUUUUUGUUUGCUUGGCUGGGCAUGGAA